AUGGAGCAUAUUGCCAGUGUCUCUCUAUCACCCAAAGGUAUUUUCUUUGAAAAAGCAAAUACCCUGCUUGAUGAGUCACCCGAGAUCCUUCCAGACCUCCAGCUCUGGGCUCCCCCCAGCCAUGAGAAGGCCGUCGAGAGGUUUCUUAAAGCUGAUAACACACUCUUUCACGGCGUGUGUUUAAUCAACAGAACGCUACUCCCCGAUAGCUUGCGUCAUACCGGCCAGUUUUGCGUGCUAACGGACAACGCCACUACCCAGUCGUUCUUCAAACAGUACCUCGAGUACAUCAGACUCAACAGUGACAUUGGCAUACUAGCCAGGCAAUACGGCCUGUCACAGCAUAUUGUAAUACACCACGACAUGGAAGAAAACCAGAAGUUGGUAAUGAAGAUGAAAAUCCUUCUGGAUACAACCAAAGAACCCAAGCCGGAGGAUAUCUUCGAUAGAGUGCUCUUACGGAAGAAGUCCCUCCCGUACCAGUUCCCAGGGCAAUACCCCAAAUCCAAGCUGACGGUGAUCGAAGAGCCACUAGACGUGGUUCCAGAGCCUCCAUCCGGACACUCGGUGGAUGGGGAUCUAGACUCGCUUCCAGUACCCUCAUUCACGCACAACGAAACCAGAAUCAAGGCUUCGCAGGUUUCCAAAACUCUCCAAAAUGUCAUUUACUCUGAGUUGCGGCUUCGUGGAUACUCCAAACCAUCGUCCACUUCCGCCUCAACCACAGACAAGGCGGAGCUACUAUUCUUUAAGGAAAUUUAUUCCAUCACAUACAAAUCGGCAAUGUUUAAGCUAAAAACCAUGAACGGCUGGCGUGACCUACAGCUUCUGGAGGCGUACAAGCUUGAAGAUAUCCACGAUGUGGUGGAGAAAUUGAUGAAUGUGCUUGGAUAA